AUGGGAGACGACGUACACAAACAGAAAAGCCUCGCCUUUUUCUUUUCUCGAGCAGAUCCAACCGUGAAAACGGCCAAGAACCACGACUAUCUUGCGUCGAGAGGGCAAGGAAUCCGACUUUUGCCGACACUCGAGGGGUUGAUCUCGUUUCGGAAUAGUUUACAGUUAGUACAAAUCCAACAAGCCAAUGGCGCCACCAAUGGUUGGGUUCAGUCUAUCGGAUGCAGUCGAAAAUUAAGUAGAUUUUUGUCAACAUCGAAAGAGGAAGGACCUGAUCACGAAAUAAGCACUUACCUGGCAGAAACCCACCGCAUCGAUUCACAAUUGCAUGACGGAAUUCUGAAGGCCUUGCAAUCCGUGUACGGCAAGGAAAUGAAACUUUCACAAGUCGAAGCCUUUGGUAAAGCGGGACUAAUGGCGUUGUCGGAAGCGGUCGAAGCAGAUCGAAAUCGCAAGCGGAGUGCGAAAAUACGACCGUCCAAGUUGGUAACGUUUACUAUUCCCCACCAUUCAACUACCUUUCAAUUAAAGUGGAGACAGGGACAGUCGGUUCUGGAUGUCGCUAAAAGCGCAGCAGGCGAGGAACUUCUUGGCGAGUACAUGGAAGGAACAUGCGGUGGCCAAAUGAGCUGCUGUACUUGUCACGUAUACUUGGAUGAAAAAACAUUCACUGUUUUGCCACCGCCUUGCGAGGCGGAACUCGACAUGUUAGAUCUCGCGUUCGAGCCAUGCGAAACAUCUAGACUGGGCUGCCAAGUGUUUUUGAAAAACGGGCUUCUGGAAACGGAUCACGAGAUCGUAGUAACGAUUCCUGCGGAUGUAAAUAAUGUCUGGAAGUAA